AUGUUGGAUUUCCUUGAACCGGAACUACGUGCGAGGCUGCCUGCUCUGGCAGAAAGAGGAGUGCUGCAGGAAGUUCUGAUACCGCUCAUCAAAUCUGGCAAAGCUGUGCGACCAGACGCUCCAUGCCUGGUGCAUGGCCGACGAUGCAAGGCAACCAACAGUGAUAUCCAUUGCGCUGGGACGCCAUGCACGGAAUACAGCCCAAAGGGUUUGAGGGAAGCUGAAGGCGGCAAAACUUACGCCGCCUUCCUAACCUGGGCGGGACAACGUCUCGAGGCCCAAGAAGAAGUGAUCAUACAGGAGAACGUGCAGCAGUUCCCAGUUGAGCAAUUACAAGCUGUACUUGGACAAUUGUAUUUUAUAGAAUCAGUAGUGUUGAGUCCUCGCAUGGUGGGGUGGCCUGUCGAGCGCAAGCGCCGUUGGUCGGUUCUUCGCCAUAGGUACAAAACAAAGGCGUUCAAGUCACCGCUUUCCUACUUCGCCAGCAUGUUUCGCUUGCCAACCUGCUGGGGAGCUUGGACGGAGGAUGCUCAAGCGAGCGUACCUGCUUGGGACACUUUCUUUGCCGCCAGUCGUGCUGAAUUGGAGCAGGAGCUGCAGUGGGCUGUGAAUCGUCCUGAAAGCAUGUUCAGUCGAAUGAACGUGUUGAAAGAUGAACGUGAGAAUGAUGAUUGUGAAGAGGCUGAGGCUGAAGAUAUUUCCAAAGGCACGCCGGUCAUGUUGCUGGACAAGCCCAAUGCCUUCUAUUCUGCGUUGAAUAGCAUGGAGCAGCAGCAUUUGCAGGACUACGUUGGCAACAGCAGCAACUGCACAGAAUCUUGCCAAGUCUUCCAAUUGAACCAGAACCCGCUGUUUGUGGACACUCGAAGUGCUUGGGAUCAUUUGGCGACUCUGAUCCGAAAUGGAGGGAUCAGCUG